GGGGGCGACCUCCGCAUGGCCCCGCCGUGAGAGGCCGGACCCAGCGACUGGGACCCAAGCGUUUCUGCAGAGUGCCAGGAGCAGCCCGGACGGACGGUGUGGAAACGUGGCUGGCAUGGAUGAAGAGACGCUGCCCCCUGCCCUGGCCGGGGGCAGUGCUGCUCUCCCCGACCCCAGCCUGGAGCUGGAGGGCACGGGAGGUCUAGAGGUCCAGAACGGGCUGGCAGCGCACAACCCGGAGCAAGAGAUGAGGAGCGUGCUGGUGGACCCCGAGGAGCCUGCGAAGGGCCCAGACGUGGCCCGCCAUGGCCUCAGCCUGGGCCUGUCUCUCACCAAUGGCCUAGCCCUGGGCGCCGAGGCAAACAUGCUGGAAGAUUCUGGGGAGUCCGAGCCCUGGGGGGCUGGGGAGCUGCCAGAGGGGGACAGUGCUUCCAGGGGUGUCUGCCCUAACACUGAAGACUCUCAGCUCGGGCUGGGUGGCCCUGGGGAGCCGGAUAUUCGAGAUGGCUUCAGCGCCACCUUUGAGAAGAUUGUGGAGUCAGAGCUGCUGCGGGGCACCCAGUACAGCAGCCUGGACUCGCUGGACGUGCUGAGCCUCACGGACGAGAGCGACAGCUGCGUCAGCUUCGAGGCCCCGCUCACGCCCCUCAUCCAGCAGCGGGCCCGGGAGAGCCCAGAGCCAGGGGCUGGGCUGGGCAAUGGGGACAUGGGGCCCGAGGGGGACAUGGGGGCUUCUGGCGGCGAUGGGGAGCUGGGCAGCCCCCUGCGCUGUUCCAUCUCCAGUAGCCGCUCCGAGAACGUCCUGAGCCACCUGUCUCUCACGACCAUGCCCAACGGCUUCCAUGAGGAUGGGCCUCAGGGUCCAGUUGGGGAGGAGGAGGAAGAAGAGGAAGAGGAGGAGGACACAGAGAAGCUGCUGAAUUCAACCAGUGACCCCAGCCUGAAGGACGGCCUGUCAGACUCUGACUCAGAGCUGAGCAGCUCAGAGGGGCUGGAGCCAGGCAGUGCGGACCCGUUGGCCAACGGGUGCCAGGGGGUCAGCGAAGCCGCUCGCCGGCUGGCACGGCGCCUCUACCACCUUGAGGGCUUCCAGCGCUGCGACGUGGCCCGGCAGCUGGGCAAGAACAACGAGUUCAGCAGGCUGGUGGCUGGAGAGUACCUCAGUUUCUUCGACUUCUCGGGCCUGACGCUGGACCGAGCGCUCAGGACCUUCCUGAAGGCCUUCCCACUGAUGGGGGAGACGCAGGAGCGAGAGCGGGUCCUCACGCACUUUUCCCGCCGGUACUGCCAGUGCAACCCUGAGGACAGCACUUCAGAAGACGGGAUCCACACGCUCACCUGUGCCCUGAUGCUGCUCAACACGGACCUGCACGGACACAACAUUGGCAAGAAGAUGUCCUGCCAGCAAUUCAUCGCCAACUUGGACCGUCUGAAUGAUGGCCAAGACUUUGCCAAAGACCUGUUGAAGACCCUCUACAGCUCCAUCAAGAGUGAAAAGCUGGAAUGGGCCAUUGAUGAGGACGAGCUGAGGAAAUCACUGUCUGAGCUGGUGGAUGACAAGUUUGGGACAGGCUCAAAGAAGGUGACAAGGAUCCUGGAUGGUGGCAACCCCUUUCUGGAUGUCCCACAGGCUCUCAGUGCCACCACCUACAAGCACAGCGUGCUGACCCGGAAGACUCACGCCGACAUGGAUGGCAAGAGGACUCCCCGAGGGAGGCGAGGCUGGAAGAAAUUCUACGCGGUGCUCAAAGGAACCAUCCUGUACCUGCAGAAGGAUGAGUACAGGCCUGACAAGGCCCUAUCAGAGGGCGACUUGAAGAAUGCCAUCCGUGUGCAUCACGCUCUGGCCACCAGGGCCUUUGACUACAGCAAGAAGUCCAACGUGCUCAAGCUGAAGACAGCAGACUGGAGGGUCUUCCUCUUCCAGGCCCCGAGCAAGGAAGAAAUGCUAUCCUGGAUCCUUAGGAUCAACCUGGUGGCUGCCAUCUUCUCAGCCCCUGCCUUUCCAGCUGCCGUCAGCUCCAUGAAGAAAUUCUGUCGGCCCCUGCUGCCCUCCUGCACCACGCGUCUCUGCCAGGAGGAGCAGCUGCGGUCUCACGAGAAGAAGUUGAGGCAGGUGACCGCAGAGCUGGCUGAGCACAGGCGCCGCCCCGUGGAGCAGGCUGUCAAGUCCAAGGAGGCCGAGGAGUACCGGCUGAAGGAACACUACCUCCUGUUCGAGAAAAGCCGUUAUGAGACCUAUAUCCAUCUCCUGGCUGUGAAAAUCAAAGUGGGCUCAGACGACUUGGAGCGGAUUGAGGCCAGGCUGGCCACUCUGGAAGGAGAUGACCCUUCUCUUCGGAAGACACAUUCUAGUCCUGCCCUCAGCCAGGGCCAUGGACCUGGGACUGGUAGCAAAGCCACAAAGGAUGCCCCUGGGCCUGACACUUAGCUGGUGUGGAUGAACAGGCCCCGGAGGCAGAGAAACGCCUCAUGAGGGGUCAGUGAGCACAAUUCCAGCCAGAAGCCACGCCAACCAAGUUCCAGGUGGUUGACCCAGCCAGAGUGGUGUGGCUAGCCCCAUGGGCCAAGAGGCUGGAGAAGCCAUUCAUGGUGAUGAUCUUUGAUGCUGGACCAUCUUUGGGCCUCAGACUCUCUUCCCAGCCCUUGCUUCCCCCC